CUCCCAGCGCCCAUUAUCUUCAUCUCCAAUUCCAUCGGUUCGAGCUCUCCAUUCACUUUUCUCUCAAAACGCUCACAGAUCUUCAAUAACCAUCAGUGGAAUUCACAGCCUCCUUGUUUGAGGAAGAUAAACCGAAAUGGCAUCCACUUCCGCUGUUUCAAUGGCACUACCAUUAACUUCCGCGAGCCAUAAGACGCAACCACCGUGCUCUAACGCCUUCAUCAAGCCUUUGCCAGUGAGGAAGCCAUCGAAGGCGAUAGCCGGGGCAUCAUCAAGAGCCAAUUCAAAGCUUCAAGUUCAAGCAUCGCUGAAGGAAAAGGCUGUCACUGGAUUGACGGCCGCUGCCUUGACAGCUUAUAUGGUGAUUCCGGAGGUGGCUGAAGCAGCUGAUUCUAGCCUAUCGCCUUCCCUUCAGAACUUCUUGCUUAGCAUCGUGGCUGGAGGAGUGGUGCUUCUUGUCAUCUUUGGGGCCGUCAUUGGAGUUGCAAACUUCGACCCUGUCAAGAGGACCUGAUAGCAAGGGGUAGAGGGAGAAAUUAUGAUUUCCAAAGAUGUCCUUUUCUCUCCUGUUUUUCUUUGCCUUCUAUGUUCUUCAGUAAUUCUCUGUAUGUUCAUGUUUUCUUCACUUCGGUAAUCUGUAACUUUUGUACUCUCUUUUUAAUUGGUGGUUACAAAGACAAAAUCGAUAAGCCA